CAUAGUCGUUAUCGGCACAGUGUCAAUCAUAUUAUAGUGAGGUAAAGGACGAUAUGUUAUAUGCUGAUGCAAUAGCUAAUAUAUAAGCAAAAGAACAAACUUCGUAAACACUCAAAUAACAAAUUAGUUCCAGGUUACCAACUUAUUUAACAUGGCUUGCAUAAUUCAACUUUAAUUUAAACUUGAAUCAAACAAAUGGCGAAGGCACCCGGAGGUCAGAAUAGCGUCGCUAAACUUUAUCAAACAGUGAUUGAAGACGUCAUAAACAAUAUACGAGAGGCAUUUCUCGACGACGGAGUGGACGAGCAUGUAUUGCAGGAGUUGAAACAAACAUGGGAACAAAAGUUGGCGCAAUCCAAGGCUGUUGAGAAUAGUAGUAAUGAACUGAGGCAUGCCCAGUCUGUUAUGCCAUUGUAUGUAUACGCUAACUCAAUGCAGGGCGACAAAAGUCAACAACCCCUGGUGUAUCAUACAAUGACCGCUGCUGGACAACAAGCGGCCAUGUCCCUUCCUAACAGUGUGUUGUACCAAAGGCAGCAACAUCCAAACCAACAGGUGUACGCCCCAUACCAACCUGGUACAUCCACCAACCAACAAAGCACAAGUGGGGGAGGUAAACAACAUCCGUCGGUGAUUAUACAAGCGGACGGGGCGAAUGAUCAGCGGAUCACGCAAGUGGACGGGGCGAAUGAUCAGCGGAUCACGCAAGUGGACGGGGCGAAUGACCAGCGGAUCACGCAGGUGGAGGAGGCGAAUGAUCAGCGGAUCACGCAGGUGGACGGGGCGAAUGACCAGCGGAUCACGCAGGUGGACGAGGCGAAUGACCAGCGAAUCACGCAGGUGGACGGGGCGAAUGACCAGCGGAUCACACAGGUGGACGGGGCGAAUGACCAGCGGAUCACACAGGUGGACGGGGCGAAUGCAGAUUCAUCAUCGGAGGAGGAUGAUGACGAUGAUGAAGAUGAGGUGGAGGAGGAAGAGGAAGCGGUAGAUGAGGAACCUCUAUGUUCCGCUGAUGAUGGAUCGGAUGACGACCCUGUUGAAUUGUUCGACACAGAUAAUGUGGUGGUUUGUCAAUACGAUAAAAUCCAUCGCGCCAAAUGUCGAUGGAAAUUUAACCUCAAAGUUGGAAUCAUGAACUUGAACGGGAAAGACCUUGUGUUCCAGAAAGCUACAGGGGAGGCUGAGUGGUGAAGACAUUGUUGGCUUGUAAAUAAUUAUCGUUUAUUUCUAUACGACCAGUGGUGACUUUGCUUGUUGCGACACGUUUCAUUAAAACUUGGACAAAAAUCACUUUUACGAUAAUUUCUGUUAAAAUAUUAAGUUUAAACAACAAUCGUGACGAUGGUUUUAUAUUUUUCAUGGU